AUGUCGGCAACACGUAUUCCUGUUCGCACCGAAAGGGCGCCUCUUCCACCUCCGUUCCUCUCCCAGGGCCUCAUUGUUGGUGACGUGGUCUACUGCUCUGGACAAGUGGGGACAGACUCGACGGGUAAGAUGGCGGAGGGCAGCAUCCAGAACCGAACCCGGCAAAUCUUGCACAACCUCAAUGCUGUCCUUGAGGCAGGUGGAUCCAGCCUUCAUAACGCCAUCAAAGUCAACAUCUUCCUGACGGACAUGGCGGAUUUCCCAGCGGUCAAUGAAGUCUACACUGAGUUCUUUGUGGACCCUAAGCCAGUACGUACCUGUGUCUGCGUCAAGUCCCUCCCACGGGGAACGGAUGUCGAAAUUGAGUGCUCUGGACUGAAGGGUGGCAACGGUCGAAGCUCUAGACUCUAA